AUGGACUUGGCAAGUGCAAUCCAUGUUCUGGUGGUUCUGCUGACCUUCCUUGUGCAGCUGUGUCGGGCCCAGGAGAAAGACUACACGGUGAAAGAAGAACAGCCAGAGAAUGUGCGUAUCGGGAACCUACGCAAAGAUCUGGACUUGGCUUUGGAUCCCUCCAUAAAGCUGUCCUCGCCACUGCAGUUCAAGCCUGUCUAUAAAACAGGCGAUGUGCCCUUAGUAAGAGUGGAGGCCAACACGGGCGAGAUCUUCACCACAGCCAACCGCAUCGACCGGGAGAAACUCUGUUCGGGCGUCUUCAACGAGAAGCGCUGCUACUACGAGAUUGAAGUGGCCGUGCUGCCGGACGAGAUCUUCCGUCUCGUGAAAAUCCGUUUCCUCAUCGAAGACAUCAAUGACAACGCUCCUCUGUUCCAGUCCACCGUCAUCAACAUCUCCAUCCCUGAAAACACGGCCGUCAACAACCGCUACCCCAUCCCCUCAGCGUUCGACCCUGACGUCGGCAUUAACGGGAUCCAACACUACGAGCUUGUGAAGAGUGUGAGCGAGUUUGGCCUGGACAUCAUCGAGACUCCGGAAGGAGAUAAAUGGCCACAGCUAAUAGUCCAGAAGAGCCUGGAUCGGGAGACCAAGGACACGUUCGUGAUGAAGAUCAAAGUGGAGGACGGAGGCACUCCACCCAAAUCCAGCACAGCUAUUCUCCAGGUCACCGUCUCGGACGUGAAUGACAAUCGGCCUGUAUUCAAGGACAGUGAGGUGGAGGUGAAUGUUCCAGAGAAUGCUCCUAUCGGCACAUCAGUCACGCAGCUCCAUGCGACUGAUGCUGACCUGGGCUCUAACGCCCAGAUCCACUUCUCCUUCAGCAACCAAAUCUCCCCUGCUACCAAACGACACUUUGCUAUCGACAGCACCACUGGAUUGAUUACUGUCAAGCAACCUCUGGACAGAGAGGUCAACCCAGUACACAAACUAAUCGUCCUGGCUAGCGACGGUAGCUCGACUCCUACAAGAGCUACGGUGAUAGUCAAUGUAACAGACAUUAAUGACAAUGUUCCCUCCAUAGACACUCGGUAUAUUAUAAAUCUGGUUAAUGGCACUGUUUUGUUGUCUGAAAAUGCUCCACUGAACACUAAAAUAGCAUUAAUUACUGUGACCGACAGAGACGCAGAUCUGAACGGCAAAGUGACUUGUUACACUGACCAUGACGUGCCCUUUAGGUUGAAGCCGGUUUUUAACGACCAGUUCUUGUUAGAGACCGCCGCCCCUUUAGAUUACGAGACGACCCGCGAGUACGCGAUUAAGAUCGUUGCGUCAGACUCCGGGAAGCCUCCUUUGAACACCUCAGCGAUGGUCCUCAUAAAAAUCAAGGAUGAGAAUGAUAACGCACCCAUCUUUCCUCAACCGGAAAUCCAACUGUCUAUCCCAGAAAACAAUGACCCAGGCACACAGCUGAUAAAAAUCAGUGCCGUAGAUGCAGACAGUGGAAGUAAUGCGGAGAUUAUUUAUUCCCUUGGCCCUGACGUGCCUGAUGGUUUUAAUAUAGAUCAGCACUCUGGAAUCCUCUCUAUCGCCAAAAGGCUGGAUAGAGAGAAGCAGGAGAGGUACUCAUUCACCGUCGUAGCCAGGGAUAAUGGCUCCCCAUCUCUGCAGAGCAAUGUCACUGUAAGGCUAAUUGUCCAGGACUUAAAUGACAACAGCCCGGCUUUUACCCAUCCAGAGUAUAACUUUUACGUUCCGGAGAACUUGCCCUUGUAUGGCACCGUCGGCUUGAUCACUGUCACGGAUGCUGAUGCUGGUGAAAACGCGGUGGUCACCCUCUCAAUUAUAAACGGAAAAGACAAUUUUAUCAUCGACCCUAAAACCGGGGUUAUCAAGCCAAACAUAACGUUUGACAGGGAGCAGCAAAGUUCUUACUCAUUUGUAGUGAAGGCCGUGGACGGGGGUCAAAUGCAGAGCACCUCGUACGCCAAGGUUACCAUAAACGUCGUCGAUGUCAAUGACAAUCGGCCCGUGUUUGUCAUCCCCUCCUCAAAUUACUCCUACGACCUGGUCCAGUCUAACACGAGCCCUGGAUCUGUAGUGACGAGAGUGUUCGCCAUAGACAAUGACACAGGCAUGAACGCCGAGCUGCAGUACAGCAUCAUCAGCGGUUCUCCCAGAGGACUCUUUGCCAUAGACAAGACGACAGGGAACAUCACCCUGCAGGAGAAGAUUGUUGCUGCCGAUCAAGGUCUUCACAGAUUGGUGGUGAAAGUCAAAGACCUUGGACAGCCAGAGUCCUUGCAUGCAAUUGCUCUUGUUCAUUUGUUUGUAAAUGAUACCGUUUCCAAUGCCACAUAUAUUCAGGAGCAACUACGUAAAAGCAUGGAUACCCCUUUGGACCGUAAUGUCGGAGACACUGACCUAACUCCUCAGGCCAAUAGCUAUGUGAUAGUUGUCAUCGCUAUAAUUGCAGGAACUAUGACUGUCAUCCUUGUCAUUUUUGUGACUGCCUUGGUCCGCUGUCGCCAGACACCCAGACACAAAGUUGUUCAAAAGGGCAAGCAGAGUGGUGAGUGGGUCUCUCCAAACCAGGAGAACCGUCAGAUCAAAAAGAAAAAGAAGAAAAAGAAGAGGUCCCCGAAAAGUUUGCUGUUAAACUUUGUGACUAUCGAAGAACCGAAGCCGGAUGAUCCUUCUCACGAGCGCGUUAACGGUACUCUGGACCUUCCAGUCGAAUUAGAGGAACAGACCAUGGGCAAAUAUAAUUGGGCCACAACACCAACCACCUUCAAACCCGACAGUCCUGACUUAGCCAAGCAUUACAAGUCAGCCUCUCCCCAGCCAACGUUUCAAAUCAAACCGGAGACCCCCGUGGAACCCAAGAAGCAUCACGUGAUUCAGGAGCUCCCACUGGACAACACGUUCGUAGUGGGCUGCGACUCUCUCUCCAAAUGCUCCUCCACCAGCUCCGACCCCUACAGUGUCUCAGAGUGCAGCUGUCAAGGGGGUUUCAAGACUCCUGGGCAAAUCCACACCCGGCAGAAUCAAAGCCAGACCCCUGACAAGACUUUUGCUGCAGUCCCUGCCCUGUGCCCUCACAAGCAGACACAACGACGCGUGACUUUUCACCUCCCGGACGGCUCCCAGGAGAGCUGCAGCGACAGUGGACUGGGAGAACAGGAACCCAGCAGCAGUACCAGUACCACUCAACCACUGCCCCUGGGUUUCCCCCAGGAAGAGUACUACGAACAGACCUCACCCAACAGUCGUACCGAAGGCGACGGCAACUCUGACCCCGAAUCCACUAUCGAAGUAAACCUGCAGAAGGCUCUGGCCGAGGCCUCGGAGACCUGUACCCAGGAAUGUCUGAUUCUGGGCCACUCUGACAGCUGCUGGAUGCCCCCAGCGCUGACCCACUUUCAAACGUCCAGCGCCACCACUCUCCCCUCCUUCGGUUUCCAGCAGAGCUGGGUGCAGGGGGCCAAGCUUGACGGGCGUCACACCCUCAGCAGGUCGGUGCCCAGAGAUGAUCUGGACAAAGGGAACAACCGGCCGCAAUUCUACAACACGCUGGAGAGACACUGUAGCAAGAAGGAAGACCCUGUCAAGGUCAUUCCCCUGGCCAGCUUCUCUGCCUCUUCCAGCCCCCAGACCUCAGCCAGCGGGGUCUCCACUGCCUUCUUGCAUGAGCAUCAGCUGUAA